CCCUUUCGGCACCACACGCUCACAUCAGGUUUGGUUCAGAGUGUGAGUUCCAGGAGCCAGGGGUAGACAAAAUGAGGGCUGCGCUGCUAUUCUUGGUGACGGCCUGCUGUCUCGGGGUCCUCCUCCCUGCCGGGGCUUCGCAGGUGGAGAAGCCCCUGCCCCAGGUAGACGGGGUCCUUCAACUGACCAAGUCUGACUUCGACAAGGCACUGAAGAAAUCCACGCAGCUACUGGUGCACUUCUCCGCCCCUCUCUCUGGGGACGGGCAGCGGGUUAGCGCGGCCUUCCAAGAGGCGGCGGCAGAGCUCCAGGGGUCAGGGGUCACCAUGGCCACCGUGGACGUGUCCAAGGACAAAGAUCUGGCCAAGCAGCUCAACGCCAGCGGCCCCCCGCCCAUCAGACUCUACAUCAACGGGGACAAGCACACUCCCGUGGUCUGCCCUGUGCCAAAGAACGCCGCCUCCAUUUUGACUUGGCUGAAGAGGAGGGCGGGGUCAGCGGCCGACCUGCUCACGGAUUUCAGCCAAUCAAAGGACUCUGAGGAAUUGCUUGUGGUUGGAUUCUUCAAGGACAUUGCCAGUGGCUACGCUGAUGUCUUCUAUGCGGCAGCGGUGGAUCUGCCAGAUGUUAGCUUUGCCAUCACUCACGACGAAAAGCUGAUCAGCAAAUAUGACAUCACACAUGAUGUCGUUCUCCUGCUUAAUAAGUCCAGGGUGGUGGAGGCGUACAAGAUGGCGCCGAAGACUUCUAAAGGAGAUCUGAUCGCCUUUAUCACAGUGUACCAGAUGGAGGUAGUCACCGAGUACGACGGCCAGACUGCGGGUCAGAUUCUGACAGCUCCGGUACCCAACCACGCUCUGCUCUUCAUCAGCAAAAGCUCCAAGGAAUUCAAACAGAUCCACUCUGCCUUCCUCAGUGCUGCUCAGUCCUUCAGGUUAAAGGUGCUGUUCGUGAUGGUGAACGUAGAAGAGCCCCGCAACGGAAGGCUGUUGGAAUACUUCCGUGUCCGAGAGGGGGAAGCUCCGCUCAUCCGAUUGGUCAACUUGACUGACCAUGUGACCUACCAUCUACCAUCCGACAAGUUUGACACAGAAAUCAUCAAAACAUUCUGUCAGACCUAUCUAGAUGGCACAGCCCAGCCUAAGAUGCAGAGUGAGCCCAUCCCUGAGGGCUGGGACACUCAACCCGUGAAGCAGCUGGUCGGAUCGACUCUGGAGAAGGUGGCCUUCAACCCGGACAAGACCGCCUUCGUCCUGCUCUAUCUACCAUACAGUCAGAAGUCCCGCGCUCUCUUCCCCUUGUGGGAGGAGCUAGCCAAGGCGGUGGAGCACAGGGAGGACGUGGUCAUCGCCCGCAUCGACGCCUCGGCCAAUGACAUCAACCUGUCGAUGUACGGCUCCUACCCGGCCCUCCGCCUCUUCCCUGCACUGUUCGCCGAAAGGGUGGUGGAUUACACUGGCAAAGAGACGGUGAAGGACCUGGUAAAGUUUUUAGACAAGGAGAUGGAGAAAGCAAAGAAAUACAGAGUGAAGGAGGACGAAGACAGGAAAAAGUACAUUGAGGCGAUGAAAGCUGAAGACGCAAAAAAGGAUAAUAAAAGCAAAGACGAGCUCUGAGAACGAGAGGAGAAAAUAAAUAAUAGCCUAGUCUUGUUUGGCCUCUGUGUGUGUGUGCGUGCGUGUGUGCGUGUGCGUGUGUGUGCGCGUGUGUGCUCGCACGUGUGCAUGCAUGUGUCUGUAAUUCCUAUCUACAUUAUACCAAUCCAUGUAAUGAUUUGUAUCCAAUCGACUUCCAAAAGCCCUCUGCAAAAAUCAAUCCUAAUAAAAUCGUUUAGUUCCCAAA